AUGUCGAGCCCAUACAUCCCUAGUAAGCUUCCCAAACAGUGUGUAACAGAGCCCGUACAUCCCUUUAGUGCUUGUCAACAGUGUGCAACAGAGCCCAUACAUCCUCAGUGUGCUUCCCAACAGUGUAACAGAGCCCGUACAUCCUUAGUGUCAACAUGUGUAACAGAGCCUGCAUAUCCCCAGUGCUUCCCAACAGUGUGUAAGAGAACCUGUACAUACCUAGUAGCUUCCCAACAGUGUGCAACAGAGCCCACAUCCCUAGUGUGCUUGUCAACAGUGCAACAGAGCCCGUACAUCCCUAGUGCUUCCCAACAGUGUGUAACAGAGCCCGUACAUCCCCAGUGCUUCUCCCAACAUAACAGAGCCCGUACAUCCCUCAGUGCUUCCCAACAGUGUGUAACAGAGCCCGUACACAUCCCCAGUGCUUCCCUAACAGAGUGUAACAGAACCCAUACAUCCCCAGUGCUUCCCCAACAGUGUAACAGAGCCUGCACAUCCCCAGUGCUUCCCAACAGUGUGUAA